AUGCAUCUCAAUUGGACACUUACCCUUCUCGCCCUGGCCGCCGCAGCCACCGCCGAACUCAAAGCCGGCCAAGCCUGCGAAGAUAACCUCGACUGCGCCCAAAAAUGCUGCGAGGGACGAUUCGGCAUCAAAAGCAAGGGCGGAGAUGUCACUUUCGCGUGCAUGCGCAACCUUUAUAAUGAAGGCAACGUAUGCGACCAGGCCAAUGGAGGCACCUGUGAGGGCAGACAUGGCGAGAUAAACUGCGUGUUGCAGCAGGAUCGGCUGGGCGGGUUCCUUAGGCUUUGUGGGGAUUUUGGGUACAAGUAUACGGUUGUUGUUGAUGAUGACAGUAAUGGAGAGGCGAGACAGAAGGGUAUAGAAUUACAUCCAGUAAAUUGGAUAUAUAACUGCUCACACGAGGCAUUAGCAUUCCCAAAUACAGUUACCCAGAGUGUACGACUUCCAUCCACCCAUCUACUCUAUAGAAACGCAUCACAAAGCCCUCCUCGCCUGGUCACCACCACAGCUCAAUCCCUCCCAGCAAACCAACUCUGCGGCGACAACGUCGACUGCACCGACACUGCUACCAGGGCUACUACCACAUCAUCACGACAACGGGAACAGUUAUUUGGGCGUCGACUCGACAGGCCCGAUUCGUAUGCGGUUGUGGGCUGUGUUGGUAUCAGCCACAGAUCUCUCAGCGCGAUAUAUAUUCAGAAGAAUAGAAACCGAAGGCCGCUACUCAAGCCUAAGGAAUCACAAAAAAGACGAAAAGAGGACAAGAUAGGGCUGUCAUCUCGUUCAAAGUGA